CUGAUGGAUACUUUCGGCCUGGAUCUUUAUGCAUAGAAUGUCCCUCAAAUUGUUAUGAUAACGCAUGCAAUGUAGAAUCCGGUGUUUGUUCCGCGUGUACUCCCGGGUAUUAUGGCGGCCGUUGCAAUCAGACGUGUCUGUUCAACUGUAAGGACAACCGAUGUACGCAAAUCAAUGGAGAGUGUGAAGACUGUGAAGAUGGAUUCUUCGGAUCGUCCUGUGAUGACUGUUCUGUUGGUUGUAUUAGACCAGUCUGUGACAAAAUAUCAGGAAAUUGUAGUCCUUGCUUGAACGGCUUCUAUGGGAUGAAGUGUGAUCGGAUAUGUUCCUCUAAUUGUGAAAACAACAUAUGCACACAAUAUAAAGGGAUAUGUACAGCAUGCAAACCCAGAUAUUAUGGUAAUACCUGCAACACAAGCUGCCCAUACAAUUGUAAAGGGACUAUAUGCAACCAGACCAGUGGGUUAUGUUCAGCAUGUGACCCUGGUUUCUUUGGACACAAUUGUAGUAUGUCAUGUGCCGGUCAUUGUAACAAUGAUGAAUGCCAACAGAACAACGGAACGUGCAUAGCAUGCAAACCUAGAUAUUAUGGUGAUACCUGCACCAUUAGCUGCCCUUCCAAUUGUAAAGGGAAUACAUGUAAUCAAACCAGUGGGUUAUGUAUAGUGUGUGUAGCCGGAUUUUAUGGCAGCAAAUGUUUGAAGUCGUGUGGCAAUUGUCAAGGUGUGAGUUGUGACAAGGGUACUGGAGACUGUACUACAGGGUGUACAGAUGGAUGGACUGGAAACAAAUGUGACAACAAGGUGGUAAUCAUAACAAAUGGGGACUCCGCAGUGGGGAUAGGCAUCGGAUCCGGAGUGGUUAUACUGGCUCUGGUCAUAGUGAUAAUUGUACUGGUCAGACGUCUGACGAAGAAGCGCAGUGAUAUCACAGGGCCUGCUCAUAUGACAGACAUAUCAUUGUCGAAAAUUGCAAAAGAGCUCAAACAAAAGCAAGAUAAUACCUACGACGAAAUAGCAACUUACAACAAGGAACAAACCAUUGCGCAGAUUUUACACAAUGAGGCAACUUAUGAACAGCUUGGACGCAGGGAGGUGGAAAUUUCACAUAUAUACGAAACAACAAAUACUGACAAGAAAACAUAGGAAAAUGGUUCCUGAAAGCUGCACAGUUUCAUCCUUGAACUCAACGUACCCAUGUUCCUGUAACUAAAUUGCACUCGUAUAACAUUUGUUUGAUUAACUCGUGUCAAAACUAAACAGAAAAGUACGUAGGUGAUGAACAUCGACAGUGAUGUGGAUUAAUUUUGUUCAGUUGUCAAAUCUUGUGUGCUUUUUACAUUGCCACACUAUCUGAAUGUCAGUUUUGUGAACCCAAGCAUGUAUCGUGUAUGCUCUCAUUGUUAAGGUAAAGUAUAUGUUCAUAGUGAAUUAAUAUAUCGUUGUUCUGUACAGAAGUUCAUAUAUUUUGUAUAAAGUUAUUAUUUAUCGCAGUUAACCAUCGCAGUCACUCUAUACAAUUUGUCGUUUUUGAUCCAAGAAGGUGUUUUGGUGGAUGAAUGUUUUGUGGGGAUAAGUAUAAGUAGCUUUAAGCAAAUUUUCAAGUAGUGUUAGAUUACCACACAGUUGACAUCUGGUUGACAAGUAAUAAGGUUGAUAAUUUAUAGGAAGCAUAUACAAUGCACCGAAUACGAAUAUAUCUUUAACUUUAUGGUUUGAUUAAACGCAAAGGUGCAUGUCUAAGCUUUUGGUUUUUGAUUUUGUGCAGUGUUAGACAAGAGUCGAAAGGCUAUCGACUAUAUUACGAAAUAUGCAUUUAUAUAGACAGUGAGUUAUGUGUUGAACAAUAUUAAUAUAUUUCGGUCUAAAAGAGAUUUCUUAGAAUUGAAUUAUACACUAAGUAGGUAUGCAACAGAUGACGCAUUAUUCGCUCUCGAAUGUGAUUUUCAUUUACACGUUUAGGUUUGUAUUUCAUUGUGUUAGUAAGUGUGAGAAAUAUACAAACAUGGCUUGUACACGUACGAGGUAUUAUCUGAUUAUUAAUUACAACCAUUGACCACAAACAUGUGAGGUCCAUUAACUAUCAAUUUAUCGUCACUAAUUAUUAUGUAUUUUGUCCAACAUAACAUUUACGAUAAACAAAUAUCAAUGAUAAUUCGAAGAUCUUAUAUACCACUUUGCCAUGACCUAGUUCGUAGGUCGUCUCAAAGCGGUACACAUAUAAUCAUCUGUAGUUAUAGGGUCUUUGCAGCCAGCCAAUAUCUUUCUCAACUCUCUGGGGAGCACACAGGUGGUGCUGCAAUUUCGGCGCUUAUAACUAGCACUCAACGAUUCUAGCACUGCCCAACCACGUACUCAUUUACAGCUGAGUGGACUAAACAAGCGAAGUAAAGUAUCUUGUUCAAAGAUACAACACAGUGCCGUGACUCGAACCUGCAACCUUUCGGUCACAAGUCCGGAGUCCCACCACUAGACUACCGUGCCACCUAUAAAGUGUUAUUUGCCAUUCCCUAUACGUUAACACAUAUCGGUCGUUUUAUAUGUUAUAACUUAGUGAUAUGUACCAACAUGUUGGUUAAUCAAAUGAUAUUCAAUAGUUGAUAUACAUUACACUUAUGUCAAUUAGAAAAUUGGAAAGAUAUAUCAAUAGUAUAUGCGUUCAGGGUUAUCGCACACACUGCUAAAAGCUGCACAUAUGCAUUGGAAGUUUUUUUUCCAAUAUGCUUUCAUUUUUGAUAAAUGAUAAAUACUUUCGGAACAUAAAAAGCAAAAACAUACUGUGUGAAUUCAUUUUUAUUUAAAAAAAAAAGAAGUUAUUAACUAAAUAAAUAUAUAAAUAAACAUUCCACUCCAGUGCUUAGAAUAAAAAAGCAACGGGGCUAGACGAGGAUUCAAACAUGGACCCUCCCUAAGUAUAUUGUCACUUUAACUAACUUAGCUACCUGGUUAGAGUGGUUGUACCCAAUGUCUGGUCGACCAAGAGUUAGAAAAUAUCCAAAUUAAGUGAACCCAACUCUAUGUUGAAAAAACUGCGAAUACUUUGGAAUUACAAUGAUUAUCAAUUGUACCACUAGAUCUCUCAUAUCGACUUGUGUCUGAAAAAGGACUUUUGCUAGUUUUACUAGAGAUAUUAAAUGAGAGAACACAACUCACAUAUCUUCAUGUCUUAAUGAUGUAAUAACAUUUCUAUUAUCAUCUGAAGAUUUCCUAGAAUGUUUUACGUUUGACUGAU